UGGGUGUUGUGUGUCCAGGCGCUGUAGAGCUGCUCUAGAGCUCAGCUCUGCUCUCUUCUCCCGGAGUAAAGGAGUAAAGGGAGGAGAGUCUGGGAACGGGAGAAGAGCCGCCAUUAUUGGGAAGCUGAAAAAACGCACUUACACACGCAAACACUUCCACACACACCGUCAGAGGAUUUUUUUGGCUGUUCGCGGUCUCGAAAACGCUUUUCGCUGAAGAAGAAAAUCGCGCUUUGCUUUGGCAGAUGACAUUAGUGCUUCUUCCAGCUGCGAAUGCUCCAGUAGACACGGGCAAGUCAGGAUGUUUGGGGCACAACAAAGGAAAUAAUAAGUGGUCAAAAACAACGUGGUAAACCCAGGGGAAGACACAACGAUACAGGGCUUUCUUUUUUUUUCCCUCAACGCCCCCUCCUUUUCUUUCCAAGCAGAAAACACAGUGAAAGAUCCAGACAUUCCGGGCUGCCUGUUCGCUGCUUCAUUGUCUUUCUGUUUCAGCAGUAAUAACAGAAACACGUUCAGCAGAUUGUGGCGAAAACUUUUCUUUUUUUAAUGGAAUGGUGAUUGAAGGAAGAAUACUUUCUGGAAAAGAACAGCAGCUAAAAAAGGGAGCUAUUGAAAUUUCUGGGACUACGGGAGCACUCCUCUCUUCUUUCUCGUCUUUAUUUCGUUUCUUUCUUGAGCCGGUUGGGGCUAAACAAACGCUGCUGCUGCUGCUUUGGCUUGGCUUGGUUUCGUGAGCCUAGCAGAGCAGAGCAGAGCAGCCGAGAGGGAGAGAAAGGAGUGAAGCGGAGUGGUGGAGAAGGCAGGCAGGAAUGCUAUGGCUAAGAUCCAGACUGGACAACCAUAAGACCUUAUUCUCUGCCAUGGAACCCUUGAGAAAUGGGCCAGUGUAGUUCUGCCUCUUGCACACCAGUUUAGAUCUACAUAGAAGUAUCUCCCCCUCCUCCCAUAUCCUCUUCUAUGCUCCAGCCUUUUACCCUUCACCUACAUAGAGUCUGCGAUUCGCAGCUUUACUGACAUAAGGACAAAUGACUCUGUAUUUACAAUUUGGACACUAAAGGCACUGAACCCCUAAACAGGUAGACAACUUAGAACAGCCUUUUUGUCAGGCCUGAAUGCACUUGGAUGGGAUAUAAGCCCAGCAGCUUUCUAAUUAGAGCUUCUGGGAAUGGCAAGAUGAACGCCUUCAAACGAUGAUGAUGGCAAAAAAACAAGAUGCCCGGGCGCCAAUCUACAACCUGGUUGUGGUAGGUUUGUCCGGGACUGAGAAGGAGAAAGGGCAGUGUGGUGUUGGAAAGUCCUGCCUUUGCAAUCGAUUUGUACGGCCCAGCGCUGAUGAUUUUUAUUUGGACCACACCUCUGUUCUGAGUACCAGUGACUUUGGUGGUCGAGUGGUGAACAAUGACCACUUUCUGUUCUGGGGUGAGGCAACACGAGCAUUGGAGGAGGCACCAGAGUGCCGAAUGCAUGUGGUGGAACAGACAGAGUUCAUUGAUGACCAAACAUUCCAGCCACAUCGAAGCACUGCGUUGCAGCCCUACAUCAAGAGGGCAGCUUCCACCAAACUGGCCUCUGCUGAGAAGCUUAUGUACUUCUGCACCGAUCAGCUGGGUCUUGAACAGGACUUUGAGCAGAAGCAAAUGCCAGAAGGAAAACUUCUUGUAGAUGGGUUCCUUCUCUGUGUCGAUGUGAGCAGGGGUAUGAACCGUAACUUUGAUGACCAGAUGAAGUUUAUUUCCAACUUAUACAACCAGUUAGCUAAGACUAAAAAACCAGUUGUGCUGGUCUUGACCAAGUGUGAUGAGGGAGUUGAGAGAUAUAUUAAGGACUCUCAUACUUUUGCCCUGGCUAAGAAAAACUUGCAAGUAGUAGAGACUUCAGCACGCUCUAAUGUCAAUGUUGACCUUGCCUUCCUGACCCUGGUGCAGUUAAUAGACAAGAGUCGAGGGAAGCCCAAGAUCAUCCCUUAUUUUGAGGCUCUCAAGCAGCAGAGUCAGCAGAUAGCUUCUGCAAAGGACCGCUAUGAGUGGCUGGUUAGUUGCAUUGUGAAGAACCACAAUGAAACAUGGCCCAAUAUCAACCGCAGAAUGCAGACCUCCCCCGAAUACAAAGAUUAUGUCUUCCUCGAGGGUACUUCCAAAGCCAAGAAGCUGUUCCAGCAACAUGUGCACAGGCUCAAGCAGGAACACAUCGAAAAACGGCGCAAGGUUUAUCUUAGCACGCUUCCACAGGCGCUGUGUACUUUGGUACCGGAUUUAGAUGAGAUUGACCACUUGAGCUGGUCAGGUGUACAGAAGGUUCUGGAGACAAAGCGGGACUUCUCACACUGGUUUGUCGUGUUAGAUGACACACCAUGGGAAACUACUCCACAUAUCGAUAACAUGGAGGAUGAGCGGAUACCCCAGGAUCUUUUGGAAACCCCAGCAGCUGAAGCAAUCUAUGAGAACCAUUUAGAGCACCUGCGAAAUGAACGCAAACGGGCCGAGAUGCGUUGGGAAUUCAAAGAGAAACUGGUUGCAUCACCAUUUGUCACCCCUGGCAAACCCUGGGAGGAGGCCCGCAGCUUUAUCAUGAAUGAGGAGUUUUACCAGUGGCUGGAAGAACCAGAAUAUCUUGAUAUCUACAACAAGCAUCAGAAGGAGAUUAUUGACCAAGCCAAAGAGGAUUUCCAGGAACUCUUGCUGGAGUACUCUGAGCUAUUCUAUGAGCUUGAAGUGGAUGCUAAGCCCAGUAAAGAAAAAAUGGGCGCUAUCCAAGAGGUUCUUGGAGAGGAACAGAGGUUUAAAGCCCUACAAAAGCUUCAAGCAGAGAGGGAUGCCCUGGUGCUCAAGCAUAUCCAUUUUGUGUACCACCCAACUAAGGAAACAUGCCCUAAUAGUCCUCAUUGUGUGGAUAGUAGGAUUGAGCAGAUCCUUGCCACUCGGUUUCCUACUAAGUAUGCAUUUGAUGGCACCUUAAGGUCCCAAUAUGGUGAGGGAAAGGUAGAUAGGAUUAAUCUUGUAAUCCUUGGCAAAGAUGGACUUGCAAGGGAGUUGGCCAAUGAGAUCAGAGCAUUAUGCACCAGUGAUGACCGGUACAUGCUAGAUGGAAGGAUGUAUGAGCUGGCUCUGCGGCCUAUAGAAGGCAAUGUACGUCUACCAGUUAACUCCUUUCACACACCCACUUUUACCCCACAUGGUUGCCUCUGCCUCUACAACUCCAAGGAAUCAUUGUCUUAUGUUGUUGAAAGUGUUGAAAAACUUCGGGAAUCAACUAUUGGUCGAAGGGAUAACAGCUUAGCUCAGCUCCCUCUGUCUCUACUGUUGGUUACCAAGCGAGGAGUUGGGUCAGUCGGGGAUAUAGGAGGGGAAACUGCCCAAAGUUUAAUAAUACAGGGGCAGCAGGUUGCCGGCAGACUGCAGUGCAGUUACUUGGAUCCUGCCUCCCCAGGUGUGGGAUAUGCACGUAAUGUAAAUGAAAAACAGAUCAACCAAGUUUUGAAAAGCCUUCUGGAUUUACAGAGACCCUCUGGUAGUCUUGGAAGUAGCUCUCCUCCUUUGCAGGCUCCACCGGCACGUUUCAGAGACUCUCACCCUCAGCAGGCCUCAGAGGCAGAUUUGCAUAUAGUAAUGUGCCUCAUGUGUGGAGACUCGUAUGAUGUAGACCAACUUUUAUCACCCUUCUUGCUUCCCCAGCACUGUAGGCCUUCCACCAGUCUAUCCAGUGGCACGUCAGUGUUGUUGGAGCUUACUAUUGGUAGCCAAAGGCAAAGCAUUGAUCUUGCUGUACUCUCUUACCACUCAUCUUUCUCCUUACGUAAGAGCCGGUUAGUGCAUGGAUACAUUGCAGUAUAUUCAGCAAAGCGGAAGGCCUCUAUGGAAACGCUGUGCGCCUUCCUUUGUGAGGUGCAGGACAUUAUUCCUGUGCAGCUGCUAGCAGUUGGGGAGAGUCAGGCAGAGUUGACAGAACCUGAUGUGGCUCGGGAGCAGCUGAGCCAAGGGGAAGAAUUGGCUCAUGAAAUUGAGGGGCAUUUCAACUCUAUUGUCUGUGGAUCUGGUGGGGUGGUCGGUGGUUUGCAUAGGAUAGACCUCUUCCAGCCUUUCUUAAAAGAGGUAGUUGAAAAAAAGACCAUUGUGGAGGCAACACAUACAUAUGAGGUGGCUGAGGCCUGCAGUACCAAUGAGAGUGUCCAUUCACCUCGAUGUGGGUCACCCAGCACCACUCUGUUGGACUCAGAAGAUGAUGUUGAGCCUUCACCACCAUAUCCCACUCUGAGGGAUGAUAGCACUCUGACACAUGGAGGCAGCUUCAAGCUUCCUGAUCUGGAAGGUAGUGAUACCUUCAGUGUUAUCUCUGAAAUCAGCACCUUUGAAAGCAAGCUAAAUAAUAAACUUCCACCUCAAGUACGACCCAAGCCUACAGUUACCUUUGACUUUCGCAAAGUUAGUCUCAGCUCGUAUAUGGACCCUGGGGGUAACAGACGGUCAUUACCUUCAGUCACAUGGGCACCAGGCAGCGAUGGUGGUUAUGAUCCGUCUGACUAUGCUGAGCCAAUGGAUGCUGUAGCUAAGCCUCGCCCUACAGAAGAGGAAAACAUUUACUCUGUACCACAUGAUAGUACACAGGGCAAAAUUAUCACCAUCCGUAAUGCAAAUAAGAGUCAUUCAAAUGGUGGAGGAAAUGGCUCAGACAGUGAAGCAGACAGCAGUUCAUUAGAGCGCAGGCGCAAGUUGUCUGCUCUUGGUGUAAAACCACGACUAUAUCGUGAUCGCUCAAAACGAUUGGGCAAGUUCAGUAGCUUCCGCACAAGCUUCAUUGGCAGUGAUGAUGAACUUGGAGGUCCACCCAAGACCAAAGAGGAUGAAAUGGGGAUGCAGAAAGGGGAUAAUUCCCUGAAUGAAGAAGGCGAGGACUCUAAGAGGAAAAAUAUCUUGCGGAGCCUACGCAGAACGACAAAGAAAACCAGGCCAAAGCCUCGCCAGUCCAUUUCCAAACCCCUGGAGAGUAACUACUUUGGUGUUCCAUUGGCCAAUGUGGUCACCCCCGAGCGUCCCAUUCCACUCUUCAUCGAGAAAUGUAUCCGCUACAUUGAGGCGACUGGUCUGAGCACGGAGGGGAUCUACAGGGUGAGCGGAAACAAGGCUGAGAUGGAGAGCAUGCAGCGGCAGUUUGAUCAAGAUCCCAGCCUGGACCUGGUGGAAAAGGACAUCUCUGUGAACACGGUAGCGGGAGCCAUGAAGAGUUUCUUUUCUGAGUUGCCUGAACCCCUGGUGCCGUACAACAUGCAGGUGGAGCUGGUUGAAGCCUUCAAGAUCAAUGAUCGAGAUCAGCGUCUCCACACAAUGAAGGACGUGCUGCGCAGGUUCCCCCGAGAAAACUACGACGUCUUCAAAUACGUCAUCAGCCACCUGAACAAGGUGAGCCAAAACAAUCGUGUGAACCUGAUGACUAGCGAUAAUCUGUCCAUCUGCUUCUGGCCCACACUGAUGCGGCCCGACUUCACCACCAUGGACGCGCUGACAGCCACGCGUACCUACCAGACAAUCAUAGAGACCUUCAUCCACCAGUGUGCUUUCUUCUUCUACAAUCAGCCGCUGGCUGAUACGCCCAGCGGCCUCUCUGGCCUGCCGGGAUCACCCACCGCCACCUUAAGCUCCGCCUCCUCCAUAAGCAGCUCUGCCUACACCUCCUGCUAUGCUCCAGCCCAGCCAGUGGCCUCACCCUUCAGCCUGAUGCAGCAGUCCCCACCCCAUUCUCCACCCCCUACCCCACAGUCACCCAUCCAGAGUCUGCUUCCGCCUCUGCAUCCGCACCACACACCUACGGAACAACACACGCUGUGAACCAGAGCGAGAGAGGGAGAGCAAAAGAAAAAGAAAGAGAAGCUUGGAAAUCGAGAUUGAGUUGUGCAAGUAGAAUCAAGAGAGAUUACCUGAAUGGACAGAGAUUGGGGUUUUGGAAUUUUUUUUUUUUUUUUUUUUAGGCUGGCCAGGGGGGUGGGGGGCAGAGAAAAUAAAAAAGAAUGAGAUUGAGGAAAUGUGCCUGAUUUGUAGUGGCUGCAGGCGAAAGAGAAUGGAGAGAGGGGAGAGUGAGAGCAUUAGAAAGACCGAAGAAGGUCAAGCCACUUCAGCUGUGAGCCACUCCAGCUACACUUCAUCUCCCUCCUUUAUAGAUCACUGCACUCAUCUAUUCUCAGCUCUUUUGGAUAAGAAUAAAAAGAUGUACACACAUUCUCCCCUGCACAUACACACACAUGCAUCUUUAUUGGGACAAUGCAGGGUCAGUGGGGUUUAUUGGCUGUAGCCCUUGGAGCCUAACUUUACCUGAGAGGUAACUGAGGAGAAAAGUGACUUGUAGAGGUGGAGCUUAUGGACCUACAGACAGAAAACUGAACUAAACUCACCCCACAGUCCAUUAUCUCCUCUACGUUACCCUUAGCCUGUCACUACCAAUAAGAAUGAGGUUAAGUAUGGCAAGAAGCCAUCCUUAGCAUUCUCAAGAUUUUUUGUUUUGUAGCUUUCAACCACUAUUAUCACUUUUUUGUAAAGAUAAAAAAAGGACUAGAAGUUCUAGCUGUCGAUGCGACGCCUCUCUCAGCCACAUUCCUAUUCCUCCCUCGUGCUGUUUGACUCACAGCGACCAUUUAAAGAGGAACACAAAAACAGUCCUUGACAAACUUGACAGACUGGAUCUGGUUUCGUUGGGAGUGGAACUUACACUAAACUUUGGUACUCUUUUUUUUUUUUUUUUUUUUUUGGCACAGCAUUCUGGGAUUUGAAGUCUUCUGGACGUCUCUGCUUGUCUCUCCUUGUCCUCGUAAUGAGCCAGAGCCUCCAGACCACAGUAGACAUUCCUUUUUCUCUGGAGGAAAAGAAAUGUCUCAAUUGACCCUCCUUUCCUUUUCUUCCAACCUUUUCUCCUCUUCCCUCUUCUUUUUUUCCUCCCCAAUGGAUUAAGUGUCAGUAAACAUGGGAACCAUUUUGUUUCUUUCUUUAUGGUGAAGUCUCCACCCUCACAGUUCUACAUAGCUCCAUGGCCAGGUUUGAGUGCUUCCUGUCCUGUGGGGAGUGAGCAGGACAGGUCAAACCAGUGAAUGUGCUCCUGCGGAGUAUUAAAAGCUCUGCUGUUUUAGUGUACGUAUUGGUCAGGGGUCGGUUGUGCUUCACUUAAUGAUACAUCUCAGCAAUGUUCCUCUUUAGAAAAGAGAUAAUAUACUAAAUUACCUUCUGGUGUGAAGUCUGCAGUGAAUUGGAACCUUAACGUAUGUGUGGGUGGGUGCAUCUUGCGUUCAUACGUGUGGGUCUGCCUGAAUGCUGAAUGUACACUUUAUACUUGUGAAAUAUCAUUUUGAGAUUUUGGCAGCUUUGAAGAUGGCUUGAUGGAAUAUUUGAAGGUAUUUCAUCGCUGUUAUAUUAAAACCUUCUAAACCCCUCUUUUUUCCCCCAUUUAUGUUUUUACACUAUUUGAAAACACCAGCUUCCCUUUACAUUGUGUGAACAUAUAAUGGCGAAUAUCCCACCAGAAGUGGUCCAGAAUUAGUUGGAAUAAAAUCUUACUAGAUUAAUGAACUUUAAAGUAAGGAACAUUGGGCUUCAUUCACUAAUAUCUUCAUAAGUUUUUUUUUUAUCGAGAAAUGUCUACGUCCGAUUCAUGACGUGUGUAUCGAUUCUGUUCUUACCCAAGAACAAAUCCCAAAUAAGACAACAAUGGUAAAAACUGAGUUUUAAGAACGAUUGGUGAAUGAGGUCGUUUUCCUUUUCUUAUAAAGUUACUAUUUUGAAGGUAUGAGACACUGUAGUUCUUCGUUUUAACAAUGAAACGAUGACCUUUCUAUGUAAAAGGGCCAAAGUGAGAUAAAGUGAUAAAGACUGAAAAGAAAGAUAUGAGAAACUCAAUGAGGAAAUGUAAGUAGACCUGCCCUCAUAGUAUGGCUUUCAGUGGGCUUUCAUAUUUUUGCUCAUCGAAGGGCACAUUACUGCCACCUGCUGUACCAACAAGAUACUGCACCUCAGAAGUCAGUGCACUUCAGAUUCAUAGUCUUUUGGACUUUUCCCCCUCAUUAUUAAAAAAGUGCUGAAUACACAUCCAAUCAUGAGUCUUAUUCACAGAGCUUGACAAAAGAGAAAUAUGAUCGUGAAUUCAAUAGCUGGUAGACACUCAGCGAUGUCCUGAAGAGAUUGCAUUCUCACUGGCCCCCCUCAGCACUUCAUAUUGUAUUUUAUGUUCUCAGGUUGCAGCCACAAAAGCAGAUAAUGGCUUCAUUAUUGUUGUGACUUCAAUAUUGUUUUUGUUGUCUCAUCGCUCUGAGAAAUCAUGAUGCUGAUGUCCUGGAAGAUGGCUGUUUUGGUAUUGAACAGGGUUUUUAAGGGUAUUUCUAGGACUUUAAAGCUAGAGACAAAGCAACCUUUCUUAUGAUGCAUAUCAUAGAUGGAUCUCCCACCAGUGAGUGAAGCACAACUGAACUGGCCUGCCUUUGCCCUACUAAUCAUCUUAAAAUUCCUGCCCCCAGUUCAGUAUUUUCAGGAUGUUCCUUCCUUUACAAACUUUCUUACAUCCUAGAUGUUUCAAUUCUGUCCUUUCAGUUUAAAUGGUAUAUUUUGGGAAAACAGGGAGAAGACAGCACCCUCCUGGUACUUUUGCAGUUGAUUGCUGGCUUGCGUUCUCUUUGUAAAUCAGUCAAUUCUGAGCUGAUCCUUAGCAGCCAAAGACUGUGUGAAAUAAAGGGUGUGUGACCGAGGAGGAAUAGCAACAAAUGGGAAUUAAUUAAAAUGUGACGUUGUUUCAGCAAUCUUACGUGGCUGCGUUACUUUAUUUUUUGGGGUUUUUUUUCUUGUUUUGUUUUCCUUUUGCAACAAUGGUGACAGAUUGUCUGUUAAGUUAAAUGAAACACAAGCAGAACUAUAUUCAAAAUGGUUGUUUAUUUGUAUGUUAGGGGGUCUAACACUUUGCCCUAUAGUUAAUGGUGAUAGAAAAAAAGUUUCCUUUUUAUGUUUUAUUUUAAUAAUUAAAAAAAGACAAAUGUUUUUUAACAAUUUUGUGAAUGGUAUAAAGGCCAUAUGAUGUAGUGCAUGAUUCAACCCCAAGUCCGGGCCUUCCACUCUCCAUAUUUAAGUAAAAAAAAAACAACAAAAAAAAACAAAUGAACAAGAAAAAAAAAACGAGAAAAAAAUAAUGAAGUAAACUGAAAAAAUACAUCAACAGAAUAAACGUCAUUUGCUAAGAGUAUGGUCAUUUGUCUCAAUGGGAAUGGUGUACAAACAGUAAGGCCUUACGUGACCUGUAUUAUAGUUAAUAAAUCAAUCUUGUAAUAUG